CCCUGGAGUUUCUAGGGCUCUCAGCUGCCAAAGUGGUGGUGGCCUUCCCCUCCCCCAUCCCCCUCCAUACCGAAGUCCCCUUUACACAUCCUUCUUUAGCAGGUACUAUGAAAAGGUAAAUACUUAGAAAACUGAGGGGGGGAUAAGUAGAAAUCGAGAGGAUCUCUGGGAUUGGGGGUACCAGCAGAUUUAUCUGACUGUUUGGGCUGCCUUCGUUGUUGACAUCUCCCCAACCCCACAUCUGAGUCCCAAGCCUCUCAAGUUUUGGCCCCUUACCCGCUUUUCGGAUGGUAAACUACUAUGAGGUGCUCGGCGUUCAGUCGAGCGCCUCUCAGGAGGACAUAAAGAAGGCCUACCGUAAGCUUGCCCUACGCUGGCACCCGGACAAGAACCCAGACAAUAAGGACGAAGCAGAAAAAAAAUUCAAGCAGGUGUCCGAGGCCUAUGAGGUUCUCUCCGACUCCAAGAAGAGGUCAAUGUAUGACAGGUCAGGGUCAGAAGGCUGGAGGGGUGGCACCGGCGGGGCAGGUCCCACGUAUAACAGCCCCUUCAGCUCUGGCUAUACCUUCCGUAAUCCCGAAGACAUCUUUAAGGAGUUUUUUGGUGGUAUGGAUCCAUUCUCUUUUGACUUCUGGGACAACCCUUUCAGCAGUGACCGGGAUCGAGACAGCGGCAGAGGCCGGGGUUUGCGCGGAGCCUUUUCUGCUGGCUUCGGUGAAUUCCCCGCUUUCAUGGAGGCCUUCUCCUCCUUUGACUCUCUAGGCCAUGGAGGCAGGGCCACCUUUUCCUCCACGUCCUUUGGGGGUUCAGGUUCAGGUAGCUCUGGCUACAAGUCGGUGAUGUCGUCCACGGAGAUGGUCAAUGGGCGGAAGGUCACCACCAAGCGGAUUGUGGAGAAUGGACAGGAACGAGUAGAGGUUGAGGAGGACGGGCAGCUGAAGUCAGUGAUCAUCAAUGGGAAGGAACAGCUCAAAUGGGUGGACAACAAGUGAGAACCAGCAUUUCCCCUGUCUGCCCUUUCCCUGCAGGGAAUCCUGGCCAGUCACAAAUGGGGUGUUGGCUUGGUGUCCCCAAGUGUAGGCUAAUAAAUGCCACAAGUGAGUUCAUGGAAA